AUGUCCACCUCCUCCACCCCCGCCAAGUUUGAGUUCCUCGUCAUCGUCCCCGACAAGCCCGGCACGCUGCAGAAGCGCCUUGAAGUUCGCGCGACACACCUGGCAAAUGUCAAGCCCCUCGUUGCCAAUGGCACGUACAAGAUGGGAGGCGCCGUCCUGAACAGCGUCCCCGAAGGCGCGGACCCAUCCGCUUUUGACUUUCACGGCAGCUCCCUGGUCGCCGUGGCCGAGUCCAAGGAGGCCGUCCUCGAGCAGCUCAAGAACGACAUCUACGUCACCAGCGGUGUCUGGGACCUGGAAAAGGCACAGAUCUUUCCCUUCAUCUGUGCCUUCCGGACCGCCAAGGAAUAA